AAUCUCAGCACACAUUGAUUUUUGUCUGGCAGCAGCUCAUUUCCCAUCAUUACACACCUACUUCACUGAGGGACAAGCAACUCAAGGUGUGAAGUCAAACAAUGAGGUCAGCUCUCUUUAAAGUUGUUCUGUGCAUCAGUCUUGCAGGGCCACUGCUAGGUCAACAAGGAAACGCUAAAGAGGACAAUAGCAAAAAGAAGGGGAAAUGUGAAGGAUGGGAGGCUUCUCUACAAAUUCAGCUUACAACCCCCAAUACGUUUUCUGAACUUCUGCAGAACUACAGGAAGGAGCUGUGCAGUCUAUCUGCAAAGUGUGUGGAAUCAUUUGCUCUCACACCCCAGCCAUCAGCUGUAAAGGAUCUAAUGAAUGCCCUGAACUCUGUUUAUGAUGAUUUGAACCCUGGGACCAGGAAAGCUAUCUACAACUGGAUUGAAUCAGUUUAUAAUCAGAAGAAAGGAAAAGAUACUGCUAGCUGGAUGACCGUUGAAGUGCUCCAGUUGCUAAUGCGUUUUCUUUUGCAAGCUCCGAUUUCUACCUUGAAGGCCUUGGCUGAGAGCAGCAACAGUUCACUGUGCACCUUCUACCUGAAGGAUUCCAACAUCUGGAGCAGCCUCUAUGAUUUAGACUCGGCACAAGCAAACACGAUUCUCAAGGGGCUUCAGAAGUGCAACAUCUCCAUUAUAAGACCUGACGUGAUUCCCAAACUCGGACAGCUGACAUGUUACUUCACCCCCUAUGUCAGUAAUUUGAAUGAGACUGCCACUUCUGCUUUGAUGAACCAGCUGAAGAACUGCAGCAACAAUGUCAAAAAUGUGUACCAAGAAAUUGCAAGAUCUCUAAGUCCAAAUAAUCUGAAUGCUGAAAAACUGAAGAACAUUGGUGAAGCUGCAGUUGGACUAAGCAUCAGCCAGCUUGUAAAUCUCAGCAAGGAUGCUGUUGUUGGAAGCUUGGCAUCACUAACAAAAAUGAAAAGCUGGAGCAACUCCCAGAAGACAGUGUUACUCAAGAAGGUCUUGGGUUCCAUGAAUCUUACUGGCGCUAACCUGACCCAACUUGGGAGUCUGGUCAGUGCUAUGAAGUCCAGCACUUUACAGACUUUAAAAGGCAAAGAUUUUCUGGAUGCUUUCAAAAACAAGGAUGUUACAGACUCCAUGGAAACCAUGCAGCCUGUUCAGAAGAAGUCCAUCAUUUCUAAGAUUUUAAAAGAUAAAUCAAUCAGUGAGACUCUGAAGGAUAUGCCAGUGGCAUUGUUUCCAGAGAUAUCCACCAAAUCUUUAAGGGAUGCUAAUAAAACAGCUUUCACCUUGGAUUUCCUUGAUCGUUCCAUUCCAUGGAAUAAAGGCCAGGCAUUGGUCAUCAUAAAAAAACUUGCUAACAAUAUGAGCUCCUCUGAUGACUUCAAGAAACUUAGGGGUGCAGUAAAAGGCUUCACAUGUGACCAAAUAAGGAACUUAUCUUUGGACACUCUGCGCACUCUGGCCGCCAAUGAGAACAUCACCCGGGAUCAGGUCCGAUGUGCCAGCAACUGUUAUUUCAAGGCUAUAAAUCUGACCAAUUCCAGUGCCUUUGUCAACAUGACACAGGAAAGCAUUAAGCAGAUUCCACCCAAUUUUAUACUAAUGUUAAGGUCUUUCAAGGAGCUGAUGAAUAUUUCCAGUUCUGUCUGUCCUACUGUGAUGGCCCUUCUUGCACAAGCUAACCCCAAAAUCAUACCCAGAAGCUCUGCAAGGCGCACAGAAGCUGCACAAUUCAUCAAGAAUUGCUUGAACAUCACAAACACCAAAGAUUUAACUCCCAGCCAAGUUGCCGAUCUGGGGUUCAGCAUCUGCUUUUUUGAUUCUAAAGACAUUGACAACUUAACCGCCACUUCUUUUCAGGAAGCUAUUAGCAGGUUGAAAGAGUGCGGUAAAUUUGAAGGCAAUUUGAACAAAUCUCUUGCCAAUAAAAUAACAGAAGUGUUUGGAAAACCCCAAAAUUGGACUUCAGAUGUUUUGAAUCAGCUUCAGUCUUUGCUGUCCGUUUUUGACGUCUCCCAACUGCAAAAGCUCAAUGGCACAGCAGACAUGAAGUUAAUCAUUGGAGACAUUCUCUCUCGGGUAGUAAGAGAAAAAGAGUUUGUAGUCAAAGAUUUAGAUUUCGUUCCCAGUAUGGACUCUGUAAGAAAACUGUACUCUCAAUUGGUUCUUGGAUCAUCAGCAUCGUCAACAAGCAGCCGAAAGAAAAGAGCAGAUUGUACUGGUGUCAGGAUACCCACAACAGCUAACAUUCGACAGCUUGGAGAUGCUUCUUCUGAAUAUUCGAGUAUGGAACUGUCAUGCAUGUCCAGUGAAACUUUUACUAAUACCUUAGACAUUUUGUCCUCGGUCAAUGGAUUUAACAUGGAGCAACUGACUUCCCUUAAGAAUAAAGCUGAAGAGGUUUUUGGUAGCACUUUAGUCAAUGAAACCAGUAGCCUGAAAAGAAUAUGCCUGGCUUUUACCAGCACUGAAGUCACGACAUACUUUCCAAAUCCUGAUAUUGAUGUUCUCUCAAGCAUUGGGCUAUAUCCUGACUGGCUAAAUGUUACUUUCUUCCCUAAUGCCCAGAUAAUUGCAAACAACUUCUUGAACACUACGCCUGCACGUAACCUGCUCAGUAGUGACCUGGUGGGCUUGGGUUACUUCAUCUGUGCUUUCAGCCCUGAACAGAUCGGCAAUAUCAGUCCCACAGAGUACAGUACUUCUGCUAACAGCAUUGGAAAACUAAACUGCUCACUUCCUGUCUUGAGAGCAUUGAAGGAUAUUGCAGUUCGAGCCUUUGGAACGCCCAACUCUUGGACUGCUGAUCAGCUUCAGGAAGUUGGCACUGUAACAGCUGGAUUGAGUAGCUCUGAACUACAAAGUAUCAAUGACUCUGUGGUGGCGUAUAUAACUCAGAUGGCUGUGUCUCUGAUCCCUCCAGAUGUUUUCAAAGGCUUUACUGUACAACAACUUGAAAACUUUGGGAUGGAGAAUGAAGUGGCUGUGACAAGCAGCCAGCGAAGUGUGCUCAACUCUGACCAAUCAAACGCUUUGGCCAAGAACCAGAUUUCAGCAGCAUUUCUAGGCAGUGGGUCAUCCAACCUGAUGAGACCUUUGGAUGGUCAUAUUCUUCUCCUGCUGACUCUCGCUCUUCUGGGAAUCCCACAUUAACCAUUGAACCUCCCAGGCUGAGAAUCCAAUCCAUUUUUACUUGGAAGUCCUCAUCUCUCCAGAACCAAAAAAGAUUCAGCAUUAAAAGAUCAAAGAGACAGGCUUUUUCUCCUUAGAUAAAUGAAUUACUUUUUAUCAAAUUCUUAUAUGACCAUCGUCAUUCAUUUUUCAUUCCAAGCAUAUGUAGCACUCACUAUGAAAGCAUAAUGUUCUUUCCUUAAUGAGCUAUAAAUACUGAAAGUUUUUGGUUUUACAGUCAAAUAACUAUCUUCCCCUACUUCUAUAGCAAACACACCCCUAGAAAACCAGUCUGUUUUCUUUAGGAAGGCCUUUGCACUUAUCUGUCAAAUGCAUCACAUUUCUUCAACACUGACAGGACAGUACUUUAUAUUUAAGGUACCUUAUGUACCUUAUGCCUUUUUAUAUGGGAUAAUCUUAAGUUUUUAAAUAAAUACAGUAUGUAAGUAUAAAAUAUAAAAAUAAGUAUAUACACUCUACUUCAUUCCAUCACUCUAAAUUGGUGUAACACAGGAGAUCAACACACAAUUAAAACACUCUGAAGAA